AUGCAACAAAGUAAUGCUAAAAAUGGAACACAUGGUGUAACGGUAAGAGUCGAGCAAGUGAAGACAGUUUGCAAAGCCUUCAGAGUGUACUUUAGUGCUGACCCUAAAGAUGUUGAUGACGAUUACAUUGUUGAUCACACAAUCAUCAUCUAUCUUGUUAACCCUGAUGGUGAAAUUGUUGAUUACUAUGGUCAAAGCCGAAACGCAUCUGCAAUUACCGACUCAGCUCUUGUUAAUAUGGCAAAAUACGAUCAGAUGAAUAAGAAAGGAUGA